AUGCCAAACCAAUGUAAAUCAGCUUUCUUUCCCUUGCCCUACAUGUUGGAAUCACGACGAUAUAGCGAGCCAGCACCGCCACCGGCUCAUUUCCUAUCACAGCGCCGACGAAGCAAAGAAGUUUCUGGACAAGUCACAUACUUGUGGGAAUUUCUGCUACGUCUACUUCAAGACAAGGAAUACUGUCCAAAGUUUAUUAAAUGGAUCGAUCAAUCCAAGGGCGUUUUCAAGCUGGUCGACUCGAAAGCAGUCUCACGACUCUGGGGUAUGCAUAAGAACAAACCUGGGAUGAACUAUGAAACAAUGGGAAGAGCUUUACGGUAG